UGUGUUCUGAUUUCUUGGAAAUAUGUCUAUUUUGCAGAGCAGGGGAGGUUCCUGUUGGUACAGCUGAAAAGAUGUCGGGAGGUAGGCAAUCGUACUGGUGCUUCCAGUGUAGACAGCGGGUCAGGCCCCGUGGCCGGGAAAUGGAGUGUCCGCACUGCGAUUCUGGGUUUGUGGCUGAGAUGGAUGAUGUCGAUACUCUCAUGAGCCAGUUUGUUGGGAUGGAUAGCGAUUUCCAUCGUGACCCAAGGUUCGGGAUCAUGGAGGCGAUGUCUGCCGUGAUGCGGCAUGGGAUGGGGGGCAUGAGUCGAGAGGUUGAUGUAAGAAGAAGGCCAAGCAUAUUAUCUGACCUGGAGAUGGAGUUUGGUGCAGGGCCAUGGCUGCUCUUCCGUGGCCAGCUCCCUGGUCAUGUCUCGGAGGACAAUGGUUUUGAUGUGUUCGUCAAUGGACGCCGUGGCGUUGGCAUGCGGAGGGCAAACAUUGCAGAUUACUUUGUUGGGCCUGGAUUAGAGGAUCUGAUUGAGCAGUUGACUCAUAGUGACCGCAGAGGGCCACCACCUGCAUCUCAGUCCUCGAUUGAUGCUAUGCCUACUGUUAGGAUCACUUCGAGGCAUCUCACCGGCGACUCGCAUUGCCCGGUCUGCAAGGAGAAGUUCGAGCUGGGAUCAGAAGCAAGAGAGAUGCCAUGCAAACAUCUAUACCACUCUGAUUGCAUACUUCCUUGGCUGGAACAACACAAUUCCUGCCCUGUUUGCCGGUAUGAGCUGCCAACACAGGGAUCUACUGGUGCUAGCUGCUCACGGUCAAGAUCAACAAACCAAAAUCACAGUUCAAGCAGUUCAAGUAGCAGCGCGAGAGCCAGUGGGCGCCAGAGGAGAAGGAACCCGUUCUCGUUCCUAUGGCCUUUCCGCUCAUCAAGCUCUAGCUCUAGUUCUCGUUAGAUUAGUUCGGUUACCGGGUUGGAGUUCACAGUACUGUUUUACUAAAGAUGCUGAUCAAAUGGGUUUUAUGGGUGGCAUCUUAUGCCUAAUGUGUAAUGUAUGGCUUGCUUAUGGUCGCCACAAAAUAGAUUUUCCUUGCAACUA